UUCAAUGGCAAGUUUCAGAGUUCAGCGGGCGUUUUGAAGCUUUCAUGCAUGGCACUUGGGUCUUCUAGUUCUACUCCAAGACCUAUUUCUCAAGCUAGAUGCCAUAGCCUAGGCACAUGCACCAAGGUGAAGCUCUGCGAUACAAAUCGCAACUCGCAGAUCUCAUUGGCCUCCAACUCUUACAGUUUGCAGUAUUUUACAGUUUGCAGUAUUUUCUUACUACCUUUUGAGUCUUCAGCUCAGCCAGCAUAAUUUAGGUUGUGGUGUAGACGAAUUGGCCAUGAGCACCGGCAAUCAUCUGUGGUUGAAGCAAUGCUGUGAUCGGAUUGAAGAGCUUCAGUGCCUUAUCAAGGCAAAUGCUAGUACUGGAAAACGUUCAGUUGACAUACCAUGGUCAUGGAUGUGCAAAGAGCUGUUCUCUCUUUUAGCAAGGUACCCGACUGGUGUGACUAACGCCAUUAUCUUGUCGGAGCUGCAGAUGCUGUGGAGUGAUGGCAAUAGUGCUGCUUCCUGGCAGGAUGGCGAGUGCAAGAAGAUUUCUAUAACCGAUUUUGUCCAAUCACGCUUCAUCAGUCCAGAGGCCAUACUGGAAGGCACACUGACGCUGCCGCAUGCUUUGCCAGGCACCAAUAUUCCUCUGGCAUGGCUGAAAGAGAACCCUGAGGCUGACAAAGGAGCAUCGCUAGAGAUGUACCUGCACCAGAAGUUCUACCAGCACCCACAGCUACAAACUAACUCUCGUGUCCGUCUAACACGCUGUCGUCUUCAGCAGUCGCAGAAUGCAGGCGUGCGCAACACCAGCACUAGUAGGAGUGGACCUCGAGCAGCCAGACACCUUCUACCUACUGACAUUAUGGUGUUCUUAUCCGAUUGUGAGAGUUUGAUGAUGGACGGGUUCAGUACCCAGCUUUCUCUGAACCAAAUCAGCAGUGGAUAUGGCUCACCUAUCCUGUUCAGGGUAUCACGAAUAGCACCAGUAGUGACGGUACAUUCUCCGGAUGGCAGUACAAGUCAACAACUGUGUGUGACGUUGAGUGAUGAUGCGGGUACCUCCAUUGGCCUGAUUCUGUGGGACGACCAUCUGCAACUGGCACAGCUCUUCAAAAAGGGUGACUGGCUUGGUAUAGAGAAACCUUACUACCAGCUGUAUAACAAUGAGAUGUACGUGGAGUAUGGGCCAGCGUCCGUGUUCUACUGUGUUCCAUUCGUGCCAAGUACGGCUUCAGAGAGUCAGUGUGAGUCCAGUUCAGUGCUCGGUCACAGCGCUGUGUUGACGGAUGAUGAAGGAAUUGCCAGUCUAGCGGCGUAUCCCCAUCGUCUGCAAGUGUACCAGUUGCAGCCUCGUACAAAGGCCAUAACACUGUGCAUUCAGAUUAUGUCCAAAUCCCCUCUGAAACAGAACCAGUCUGGUACAAGUGCUGAAGAGUUCACUCUGGACGUCACCGAUCAUACUGGUUCUGCUUGUGUGCACAUUUCCAACCACCUGUCAAGCCUCUACCAUCACUUUCAGCCUGGCCAGUGUGUUGUGUUAUGUGGCUUAUCAAGUGUAGACACUACAGCUGCUACUGCUGCUGGUGGUGGUGGUGCCGCAGGGGAAACACCUGGGAGAAAACUGCUGUGGCAGAGCUGGAAGAAAGGAUGUGCAAUGUGGAAUGUAACACGACUGUCUGGCUGGCUAGCAUCACCGAUGCUGUGUCAGCCGCAGGCGUUGUCGCAGCUCAACAUACUGCAGUGUCAGACAUGCCAGGUCACCAUACAGGCUGUUAGCUGUGCCACCUCUCAGCCGUAUUGUCAACGACACUCUACGUGUGAGAAGGUGAUACAAUCCCAUGUUGACGGUUAUCUCUACUGCCAGGCCUGCGGUUGCAAGGAUCUAGUGGAAGAGGAUUGUCGUCGCAAAGUUGCGGCUGAAAGGCCAUUGGAGACAUGCUGGAGGUGGUCCUUCUCGUUUCAGCUGACGUUGUGUGACAGUGCCGGUACUGUUUGUCAGGCAUCUCCAACUGAUGACUGUGCUCAGAAUUUGCUCCAGACGACGGCAUCACUGUUUGCCACCCUGCCUCAUCAGCAGCAAAUGGAUCUCCUCGAUGAUCUAGUAGACUUGAAACUGGUUGCUUUCCUCUCCCUGCUUCCCAAGUCUGAUUGUGCCGUGCUCAGUGCAUUCACGGCUGUUGAGGAUGACUGAGGCCAAGGUACUACUACAGCUCCUUGAGUGGUUUGUGUGAGCUCAACCUUUCUCAAUGGAACCUUGGUAUUACAUUGUAGGUGGAACGUGAAACUUGAGCAGACCUGCAGGCAACCGCAUACAGCAGAGUCAUCCCGAAACCAUUGGAUGGGAAAUGAUAUUCUACGGGCGUGAUGACCUUUUUACUUGAGCAAUGCUCAUUGUGGCAGCCUUCUAUCGCCUGCACUGACAUGCUUUGGGAAGUGAACUACAUGUAUUUGUCUACAAUCUCUACGCUGCGCAGGGCAGCAUUCUAUGUAGUCUUCAUGCAAGAGACUGCUACUUCCACAGAUCCAGGAUGUCAAAUCCAGCUUCACCCUACUGUUGAAUAGUGCAAGAACCUGCGUUGGUUGCGUGGGAAAGGGUCGGUUUCACCACUAUCAACUUCAACAGUAUUAUUGGUUUGGCCAGCAAUAGUUUUGAGCGUACUACUGUACCGUGAGAAGGAAUGGUUACACUGCCCAGUGGACUUUGGGAUUUCACCUCGUGUUUCCAGUACAUCGCUUGUGCACGGUGUCAGGUUUAUACCCCCACUGGCUGGUGCUGGGAGCAGUGUACUGCAACCAAUACAGGACACUACACUAUGGCAGUUAUGUUCUGAUGGGCUGCAUACAGCACAUAAUCCUGUGCUUAUCCCUUGGGCCUUGGCAUGCUUAUGAGCAUGCCCGGGUGGUGCUCUGAGAACCUUGUGGAUGAGUUCAUCUAUCCUUGAUGUGCCUUCACUAUACUAGCCAUUGGUCAACAGGUUGCCAUUAGUUCCCGUGGCUUGGCCAGAGCUUGCCAAAAUUGCGGCCUCUCCAUUGCGUUUGGAUCUUGUCUCCUUUCCGUUGGCCUUCAACAAGACUUAAUGUGGCUCUGAUCCCCCGACUUGCACGGCUCUGCAAAUUGGGCAACGGUACUUUGCUUCUUGGAGGAUUGCUACAGAACAGCGUGCGGAGAAUGCUAGCACUCGGCCAAUGUGCUGAGAACCAUUUGACUUUCACGAUCUUUGAAAAUAAACUACUUGGCAGUGCAAGUCAUCUUGGUGUUUAUCAUAGUGUGUUGCCACUCUUGAAGUAGAUUCUGAAUUCUCCUCCCCUCCCCCUCUCUAUCUCUGUUCACAAUGUGUUCGGACCAGACUGAGGUGAUCUCUUUUCCCUUCUUGCCUUUAAACAAACACCUUUUUAAGUUCUCUGAUAUCUGUCAGGUUUCCUACCUUAGUGGAAUUUCAUUUUUGUCACAGCAAGAUUUGGUGCAGAAUGUACUGGUUCUGAAGACUUA